AUGAUCCUUGCCUUCUGUCUGUCCAUCCUGGUGGGCCUCCUGCUGGGCGCUCUGGUCUACGUGCUGCUGACUUGGGCCUCCCGUCGCCGAGCCACCGCCCGCAUCACCGGACGCACCAAGAAGAAGAAGAAGAAACCCUCAUCGUCCCGAAUCCCGGCUGACGGCCAGCUGGGUCUCUACCGGAGCACGUUUCUCAACGUCUACCGGCAGCCUUCACUGGAGCCCGUGGGCCCCCUGGGGAGCAAACCUGGGCCGGAGACCUCCACCUUCCGCCCGGCGCCCAGAAAAGGAAACGGCGGUGCGGAGAUGGGCGACGACGCCCAGGUCCAAAUGCCAGAGGACACCUUGGCAUCUGAUUCGGAAUCCCUGGUGCCCAACAAGCGGCAUUCCUUCUGGUUGGGGGGGAACGGACUGAAGGGGUUCCUGCCCUCUCAAACCCCGCCUCCUGCGUACAACAGCAUCAUCCACGCCUUCCAAGAGUCCUGCACUUGA